AUGGAUGAAGUAAGCCUCGAUACACUGGUCCUCAGCGGUGAGUGCGAUGUCCAAUGGGGCUCGCGAGGCACGCUUACGGUCCGCCGCACCGUUGAGCUGCACGCUAACAACAUCCUUUACUGCUUCGAGGAGCCGAAGAACUCUAUGGCGAAGCAUAUUAAGGAAAAGGUGUAUGUGGAGGGCUGCCGCGUUGUCGACGGUGGCGCCUACAACGAUGCGACCGAGAGACUCCUGCUAUUUUUGGCAAACCACGACUACGCUGAGAGGGUGGAUCUGUUCGGCAACCACCAAGUCUACAUACUCGCUGCAGAGAAGACGACUCACGAUGCCCCGCUGGGGGAGGCUAUACAAAGCGCAUCGAUGUCGCCACCACAGAGCGCCAACUACGUGGUGCAGCUCUUCCUCUCCGACAAGAUAGUCAAGUGGCACCUUCUGCAAGCGAUUCAGAGAGCCUCCAAGGAAUAUUCACAACUCUUUCCGGACACCAACACGAAGCUCGCACUGUCCAUGACGCGAACUGUGGGCAGCGGCAGUGUACACACAGGGCAAUCAACAGUGGCGAGGCCGCCGGGAUCCGGUGUGCCGAACCGGUUCGAGUCGAAGGUGCUGGGACAGCCCUCUCUCAACCCCCACCACUCACGCACGGAGUCUGACGUCAGCGUCUUAUCCGAUCACGAGGUGCUGCAGCUGACGGACGUACUGCGCGAGUACGAGGCACUGCAGGAACGGAAGAACAGGGUAGGCGGCAUGGCCUCACUUCUGCAGCAGCCGAAGGGAGGAGAAGAGGACGUGCGCAAGGCCCCAUCAGACGACGAGGGCUUGGAAACGGCGGGCUGCAUGGCUGGUAAUGAGGCAGGCCAAGCGGUGCCAUUGUCUGAGUUGCGGUUGAGUGCUCCAGCAUGCCUCCAACAGUCGCCUCUCUACGAUUCAUGCAUCGCGAGCAAACCAGCCAAUCAGAUCUGCGCGGAAUGCGGCGAGCCUUUUCCGUCGUGGUGCAUCCUGCAGCCGUUCGGCGCCUUUGUGUGCAUCCAGUGCAUCGGCGUACAUCGAAAGCUAUGGUCAAACAAAUGUCGUAGCGCUGAGCUCGACCGGUGGCCAAAUAGCAACGUCGAGUUCAUGAAGGCGCGUGGCAACGACGUCGUGAACAACGAGUUGGAGUACUACGUGGCCUUUCCGACCGACAGUGUCGAGUUUGCGUUGCACCCCGAGCCGGUCGUGAAACCGGUGCGGUCCUUUUCCUCCGCUGAGGUCCGUGAGUCGUUCAUUCGGUGGAAGUAUGAAGAACUGCUCUUUACCCGGAGGCGCCAUCCGACUUCGAAACGGCCGCUGCCACCGUGCUCAGACCCGGUUGGGCAGGAGCGCUCUCGCCUUGCUACAACCACCAGUUCUGUACAGGCGGCGGGCUACGUCAGCGAUGUUUCUUAUGGUGCCGCCACACAGCAGCAGCACCAGCCUUUCUUUCGCGACCAAGGCCCUCCACGAUACACGGGGCUGCUGGACAUUGUCGUCAAGGAGCUGGUGGGACCAGAGUGGAUAUCGGGCGCAGUGUGCGUGCUGACGAACGGCUUUCAAACUCUUCGCACACAGGAGAGUCGUCAGCUGCUGCACAUGCGGCAUUCCACUGCGUGGGAUGAGCACCUGCAGCUUGGUAUCGAGGGGACAGGGCAGAAGCCGCUUUACUGCACCAUCUAUCGCAGAAGGGGGGAGCUGCUGGCUGCCACAGAGGUGUGGAUGAAGGAGGACGUCUUUCAGCCAGGCGCCAACUGCAUGUUCGCCUCGAAGCUGGUCUGGAGUCAGCUCCACGAGAAGCCCAGCCAACGAACCCCAGGAGAGUCGUGGAAGAUUACGUUCUUGACCUCGUAUCAACUGCUGGCAUGA